CCGCCGCGCCGGGCCCGGCGAUAUUUAACCUGGGCCGGGCCGGGGAGCGGCAGCGCCGAGCGAGGCACGGACCCGACCUGAGCCCCGACCCCCGGCCAGCCGCUGCCCCGGCCCGGCCCCGCCAUGAGAGCCCCGGCGCCGGUUGCGCUGGGUUGCAUCAGCUUGGUGCUGUGUCUGCUGGAGCUGCCCGCCUGCCUGCCCCUGCCCGACGGCCGCUCGCCCAAGCGCAGGGAGCCCCCGGACCGGAGACCCUUCCCGGCCUCGCUCCUUGGGAAGCACCCGGCACCGCAGCAACCCGCCCUGCUGCAGCCCGCCGGCGGCUCCCGCCACAGGCCGCUCGUCCCGCGCCACGGCCCGAAGCUCGUCCCGCGCCACGGCCCCCGCCCGGCCCCCCGGCACAGACUGCUCAUCCCACGGCACCGCCCCAAGUUCGUCCCCCGGCACGGACCCCGGCACGGUGCCCUCCUGGCCCCCCGGCACAGCCGCCGCCUCGUGCUGCGGCACGGCCCCCGGCACGCGCGAGGCCGCCGACACGCGUCGGGACGGCUGCAGCACGCGCAGCUGCUGCGGGUGGGCUGCGUGCUGGGCACCUGCCAGGUGCAGAACCUGAGCCACCGCCUCUGGCAGCUCAUGGGCCAGUCGGGCCGCCAGGACUCGUCCCCCAUGAACCCCAACAGCCCCCACAGCUACGGGUGAGGGGGGGGGGCACCACGCCGGACCGCCUGGCCCCGCGCCCCCCCGCCCUGCCCCGCGGGACCCCCCACUAAAGCGCUUCCAGAGUCAGACGUGGCUGGGCUCCCUCUGCACCUUUCUGGGGGUGCCCGGUGCCCCCUCCCGGGGCAGAGCCCGGCUCCGGCCACGGCCCCACCAGGGACGGGGGGCCCGUGGGAGCACCCCACGCUGUCGCCAGCCGGCGCCCCGUGGAGCAGAGAGGACCACGGGCUGGGGAGCUGGUGGCCCGCGGUGGCCGGCGGUGGCCCGCCCGGCCGGGGUGUUGAUGGCGGGUCCAAGGGGCGGCGGGGGAUCGUGCUGACCACAGCAGCGCCGGCGCCUUGUGCAAGAGCGUGGGGCCGAGCCCCUGGCCGUGCUCCCGCCUGACUCAGCAGCUCAGCACCCUGCCACGGCACGCACGGCCAUGGGUGGGGUGAGCCUCGCUGCAGCACCCCCAUAGCACCCCACUGCACCCCCCUCGCCCCACCCCAGACCCCUCCUGCGCCCAUCCGGGGCGGCACAGCUACGUGGGUGGGGGUCCCGCAGGGUGCGCGGACCCCGCUCCAGCCCAGCUCGCCCAGGCAGGGUGGGGGCACGGGGCACCCCCCCACACCUUCCCCACUCGGGGGUCCCAGGUCAGGCUCAGCAUCUCAGGGGGUCCCUUCCCAGGUCAGAGGCCAGGGUGCCUGGGGGUCCCGUCCUCCCUGGAGAGGAUGCUGUCCCCUUCCCCUGGCUCCUCCCCGUACGGCCCACAGCCCUGCGGUGAGACGGGGAGUGGGUGCUGGUGGGUGCUGGCGGGGUGGCGAGCCGUCCCCAAGCACAGGGGGGCAGAGGAAAGGCCAGGGUCCCGCACCCCAGUCCUGCCCUGUCCCCUCCCAUUCCUGUCCCUGCCUCUGUCCCCUCCUGUCCCCCGGCGCGGCCUCGGGCAUGACCUGGGUGGGCUGGGGAUGGCCCCUGGCCCCACCGGUGACAAGUUGUGCCCCCACGGCCUCAGUGAGGGCUGGGACUGGGGGGUGGCCUGCAGACACGAGGGGACCCCAGCUAUCCCCGUCACCCCAUGCCGUGACACCCCAGGAGUGCCGGUGUCACCCCAAAGGAGCUGCCACCCCCGUGGCCUGGUGGGAUGGGGACGUGCGGCCCCAGUCACUGGCCUGGCCCCCCCACCCCCAGCCUGGGCUGCCCCCCAGCCCUGGCGCAGGGACGGGCAGCUGGGGGGGGUGGGGGGUGAUGACGCAGAUCCAGCCGCCCAUGGGGAGGGCAGGGAGCCCAGCCCGCCGGCGGCUUGCUCCUUCCUGCCAGCACCCUUGUCCCCUCCUGCCAGGAGCACCCCUGUCCCCCCAGGAGCACCCCAGCCCCCCACAACACCCCCAGCCCCAGGAGCACCCAGACUGCAGCAGCACUGGGUGAGGGUGGGGGGGGAGCACCCAGGGGUGCUGGUCCUGGCACUUGCUCGAGCCGGCUGACGGGGCAGGAUGGGGCCAGGCCAGGACGGGGUGUCCGUGGCUGUCACGGGACGUUCCUGGGCUCCUCUCCCUGGUGCGGGCAGGGGCCGAUCCCGGCAUCGCCCUGAGCCCGCGGAGCUGCAGCUCUGGGCAGCCCCGGCUGCAGGCAGCUCUGCCCGCAGCCCCCAGCGCUGCCCAUUUGGCAAAGGGGUGAGGGACCCAGCGCCGUGGGACACGGGCCCCUUGCCUGGCCAAGGCCUUCACCCCCCCCCAUCCCUUGGGUGCCCCCAGGCGCAGAGGGGCCGCGCUGAGCCCCACGGGUGCCUGGGCCGGAUCCUGCCCUGCGGCAGCACUGGAGCUGGGCUGGGCGGAUGGCGCAGCGCAGAGGACUCCCCUUCUUUUUUCAAGCGACAAUCUGAUUUUGUGCAGAAUAAACUGUGUGAGGAGGGGG